AUGCACUAUCGCUACGGUGUGUCACAGAUGCAAGGGAGACGACCAUAUAUGGAGGAUCGUUUCACAGCUCUAGCAGAUCUUAAUGGUGAUUCGAAACAAAGUUUCUAUGGUAUAUUUGACGGUCAUGGAGGCGAUGGUGCAGCGAAUUAUUGUGUGCAGGCCAUGUGUCAAAAUGUGAUUCGAGAGCCGUCUAUUUUGAAAGAACCGAUCGAAGCGCUAAAGAAUGGAUUCCUUCGCACGGAUCAAGAGUAUUUGCAAAUAGCUAAUCGCAAAAAUACCGAGGACGGAACAACAGCAGUUGUAGUACUUACGCAGGGUGACGAGAUAUUCGUGGCUCACACCGGCGACUCGCGAGCAGUGUUAGUGCAUCGUAGUGGUAAUGUCUCCGUAUUGACAUCCGAUCACAAGCCCAACCGGCCGGACGAGCGCCGUCGGAUCCAAGACCUGGGUGGAUCGGUCGUUUUUUGGGGUGUGUGGCGCGUAGAAGGCAUCCUUGCUGUGUCUCGUGCUAUCGGCGAUCGUAUGCUUAAACCGUUUGUAGUGGCUGAACCCGAAGUAAAAAAAUUCACGAGAACAGACUUGGACCGCUACGUUGUUCUUGCUAGUGACGGGGUUUGGGACACGAUAUCGAAUGAUGACGCCGCACAGUUGGUGCUUAAAUACAAAGAUCCACAGACUGCUGCGCAACGGAUUAUGGAGGAGGCUUAUGCACGAGGCAGUAUGGAUAACAUAUGUGCUAUGGUCAUUGACUUGAGAGAGGAAAUGAACGAGUGCGUACCAAGAGACGUAUAA